GAGGUGCAACCUUCAGCAGACAUUUGUUCAGCUCUUAUGCAGUCACAACAAGCACUGAUCUGUGCGGGUGCUUGUUACACUAACAGAACUGGAUAACACAACCCUGUGGACUUCAGUUUUCUUGCAUGAAGCUGGGUUGUUUUGCUGCUUGUGACUGAGAAACAGCUACUAUGGCUGAACCGAGCUCUCAGCCGCCAGCCUCUGGCACAACUCCUAAGCUUGACCAAGUGCAAGAUCAGGUCAACGAGGUGAAAGUUAUUCUGAAAGACAACAUCAACAAAGUGCUGGAGAGGGGGGACAGGUUAGACGAUCUGAUCGGCAAGACUGACGACCUGCAGGCGUCUGCCGACUCGUUCCAAAGAACAUCCACACGUGUCGCCAGGAAAUACUGGUGGAAGAACAUUAAAAUGAUGAUUAUAAUUGGUGUAAUUGUGCUGGUCAUCGUGAUCCUCAUCAUCCUCUUUGCCACUAAGGUUAUAUGAACCCAGUCUUAGGACCAACAAUGACGGAGAUGGUGGAUAAAUCUCAUGUGAUCAUUUCAACACAUACGAACGGAUGUUUUACAUUUCAAGAUCAAAAACAUGCAAGCACAUAUGAUUUUUUUAACAUCUGCAGCCGAUUAGUUAUUUGUUAUAAACUCGGCUGCCACACUUUCUGCAACACUCCAAGUCAUUAACAUGUGACAGUGCCACCGCUAACAUUUCAAACAAUCACAAACCCAAAUUAGUUUUUAUUUUUAUUUUGUUGCGUUUAAGACCAACACAUUGUGUAUAUAUACUGUAAGGUUAUGACUUCAAAACUCUGUAAUAACAUAUGUAUUAUAUGACCAUGAUAAAGACGAUUAAUUGUAAGAGCACAGCUUGUAUCUCUGCUUCCACACCACUGUGUGUUUGUGUGAUCUGCUCCAACCAACCUAACACUUCAGUUAUGGAAUAAAUCAAGCAACUCAGAAACAUCAUUCGAGAACAUUAAAUACAAAUGAACAAAAAGGGACCAGGAGCCAGCAACCCUUUGCAGAGAUCUAAAUAAACGCAAAACAUCCAACAAAUACUGUGGUAAAUGUAGAGGAAAUGUACUGUAGGUCUUAGUGCCAAUCGGCUAAGUGAUCUUUGCUGGAUACCAACAUCGCUGUGGCCUUCGCUCCACCAGUGCACAGCAGACUGUCAUCACUCUGAAACCUAUGGGAAACAAACAAAAACAAAUGAGCUAUAGAUGAAAACACAGUCAAAAUGACAAAGAAAAAAAAUCAUAGGAAUCCCCUGUGUUUAUAAUGACCAAUGUAAAAAGAAAAAACAAACUGAGAACAAUUAUUUUAACAUUUUACAGUUUAAAAAAGUUAGUCCAUAAGCUAGAAAUCCUGAAGUGCAAUAAAUUGAAGAAGUCAAAGCCAAAAUACUAAAUGGAAGAAACCUUUGAUUGAUCAAAAAUACACAUUAAAGAAAGCACUGCAUGCAAAUUUCUGGAAACUUUGAAGCUUCUUGUUUUACAAAAGGUUAUAAGAGGAAAAUUCGUUACAGGAAAAUUAACAAAAGAGGAGUCUUUUCCAUCGCUGUCACUAACACAAAACAGAACAUUACAUGUACAAAAAGUAAAAGCACUUUAUCCCCCAACACAGUAGAGUCCAAAUACGAACCAGGUUUUAGCUCAUGGACUACUGGCUACAAGAGCUAAAUAAAGAAACAAGCACUUUAGAUAAAGAUUAGGAAUGCAUAUAUUAACAAUAGGAACUGGAAAGGCCAGAGAAUGCUGUACAUAUCCUUUGAAAAGCAAAUCGUUAUUUUAUCAUAUUUAUAAUCAUUACUUGUGGGGGAGUAAGGGCCUGUAAAAAAUGACAAUUACAUGUGUAUAUUUAAAGUUUUACAUUACAAACAGUUGCAAACAAAUUAAAAAUGGAAAGAAAGAUGACAAAGCUGGACGUGUCCCAUAUUGUUUAGUUUAGAAAUGCUGAUACAGGAUGUUGUAAGACCAUACCAAAUGGCAGCAUUCGAGAGCGUAUGCUUCUCGUACCCGGUCCGCAUUGAGCGGGCCCUGAGAGUAUCUGGGAGUCAGCUCAUGGCCUGCAAGGAAGCUCCGCUGGCAGGUACAAACAAGGUAUGUCAGAGUUAGGAGACAACAUACUUCCUUUUCUGUUUCCUUGCACAUCCUUAACUUUGGCAUCCAUUUACUGUAGUAGCAGUACUUUACCUGUUAACUUUACAGUUAAAAAAAAAAA